CCACGUGGGCGGGGCUUCCCUGGGGGCGCACCCUCGUGGCAGUCUUGAGGGGGCUCCUGGCAAGAGCCACCACCCGUGAUACCCGACCCGACCUGGCCACAGAGGGGCCGCUUCCGACCGCGCCUGCGGCAACUUGUGGCCGCCAACUCUCCGGAGCUGGUGGUGCAGCGUUCGGCCGCCGCCUUCCGCCUUCUGCCAGACAUGCACGCAGCAGUCAUGGCUCUGUGCACCCUCCGCGGCGUGGGCCCGGCUACCGCCUCGGCGGUACUGGCUGCCAGAGCUCCUGAGGUGGCAGCCUUCAUGUCUGAGGAGGCAGUGGCCGCAGUGCCCGGCCUGCCCGCCCUGCAGUACACUGUCAAGCACUACUUGCUCUACCUGAGCCGGAUGCAGGAGCGUGCCACAGCUCUGAGCCAAGGCAGUCCAUCUGGGCUGUGGACCCCACACCACGUGGAGAUGGCCCUGUGGACCUGGGCUGUAGGGCGGAAGAUGUGCCCGAACCUGCUGCCCAACCUGGGUCCCAGCCUGGUCCCCGCUGAGGACACCAGGCCAGCCAAGAAGCGCAGGACCCAGGCUGAGUGACUUGGCUGCGGCCCAGAGCCUGCUCACCUGCCCUGUGAUCUCAGGCCAUAAGUCUCUGGACAGGAGGCUGGCUGACCAGGAAGCUGGCUGCUCUCGAAGCUCAAUAAAUGCCUGCUGAACUGAUA